AUGUCGCUAGCGCACAAAAUCUUCGCCACGCUGAAGGCAAGUGGGGACAGCGCCUUGCCCAGUCCUACAGCAUCCACUGCAGGUCAGUCAGGCACAGCUGCGACCACGUCAGCGUCUCCAUCAAGCUCGUGGAAUGAGCGCUUCUACCAUAUUGCUGUGCAGGGGUGCUGUCACGGAGAGCUCGAUCGCAUCUACAACUCCUGCAGCGAGCACGAGCGGCAGACUGGCAAGCGAAUCGACGUGCUGCUCUGUUGCGGUGAUUUCCAGGCCGUGCGGACGACCGGGGACCUAGACAGCAUGGCAGUGCCAGACAAGUACAAAGUACUUGGCGACUUCCACAAAUACUACGCCGACGUUUCCGACGCGUCCGCCGUACACAAGGCGCAAACAGCGGCGCCGUACCUGACCAUCUUUGUAGGCGGUAACCACGAGAACUCUGACCUCCUGGCGCAGGAGAGCUAUGGCGGCUUCGUGGCGCCUAACGUCUUCUACCUAGGCCAUUCCUCUGUUGUCACCAUCGACGACUGUCUCACCAUCGCAGGACUCAGCGGCAUCUUCAAGGAACCAGACUACGACCGCCCGUAUCCACCCCGGCCGUACGCUGUGAAUCCAAUGGCUAAAAAAUCCGCCUAUCAUGUGCGGCGGAUCGAAGUCGAAAAACUGCACGCCUACCUGCGCGCCACCCAGGAACUGCGCAGCAGCAGCAUUGAGACGACCAAGGUAACCCCAGCCGCAUCGCCUGCAGCGUUGCCACCGAUGGUCGACCUCUUUCUCUCCCACGACUGGCCUGUGGGCAUCACCAGCUACGGCGACGAGGCACAGCUGCUGCGCUUCAAGCCAUACUUCAAAGAUGACAUCUGCCGCCACGCCUUGGGCAACCCGCACACUAUGCGCCUGCUGCAGGAGGCGAAGGCACCCUAUUGGUUUGCCGCACACCUUCAUUGCUACUUCGAAGCCACCGUUGCACACCCAAGCCCGAGUGCGACGGAGACGAUGGCAGCGGCGGCAGCAGCAGCGUCCACAAGGUUUGUGGCCCUGGAUAAGUGUGCGAAGGGACACGGGUUUCUCACUUUCAUCGAUAUCCCACGUGUGCGUCAAGGCUGCUCUAGUACGUCGGUCGCAUCUGCAUGCAGCGAGUUAGCCGCAUUGCCGUUGGGAGGCCAGCGACACAGUACAGCUACUGUACUGGGUGCCUCACGUAUUCGCCGAGACCCGGUGUGGCUAGAGGUGCUUCGUGUCUCUCAUCAAUUUGUUGCAGCGAACCGUACUGUCGAUGCAGGACUUGGGGGCGGCGGCUUCGAUGUGGAGAAGGCAGUGAAGGAAGUUGUUGCAAGUUUCCGGAGCGCUACAAGGCCGUCUGCUGCCGCUCUUCUCGCGCCGACGACAAAGAUGCUGCUGGCAGCGCUACAACUUUCCCCAGCACUUCCCUUUCAGCAGAUGGCGCCUGCAGCCACGUCGCCUGAGUAUCCCUUGAGAAGGACUGAUGGGAGGAGGCCCAUAUCGACGGCUUGGUGCGACGGCACCGCUUGGCAGAAUCGAGACAGCGUCCGAGGUUUUGGUGAUGCUCUUCAGCCACACCACCCACGCGCGCGCACCGAGGUGAUGAGUACGUCUUCUGUCUCCACCGCGGCACCUGUGUCAAGCACUCCGCUGUGGUAUACUGCAGACACACAGCCCUCGCAGCACCCGCCAACGAGCGCGCUGAGCCUCUUCGAGGAUGUGGAACCGACAAGCAACACAUCAGCUCUCUCUUCGACACCGGGUAUGACAGCUGCUCAUGUCUCGACUUCGUCUGCUUGCACUGAAGGAGGCGGUGGCACACCGCCGCGGGCACCGGCAGCAACGACGCUGAGUUGGUUCGAAGACACAACGCAGCGCCAGCAGCAGCAAUGA